UGUUGCUGUGCUGACUUCAUAUAUGGCUUUCUAAUAAUAGUACACAUCUGUUCAGAGCUGUGGGAAUGACAGGGUAGUCACCCCUUGUUUGUUUCUGUUUGCAGCAACAGUAUCAAAGUGCUCUGUUUUGGGCAGACAAAGUUGCUUCACUUUCUCAUGAGGAUCCCCAGGAUGUUUAUUGGUUGGCUCAGUGUCUUUAUCUGACAGCACAAUAUCAUAGAGCAGCCCAUGCACUUCGGUCACGAAAACUGGACAAAUUGUAUGAAGCAUGUCGUUACCUUGCAGCUAGAUGCCAUUAUGCUGCAAAAGAGCACCAGCAAGCUCUUGAUAUUCUUGAUAUGGAGGAACCAAUCAACAAAAGACUAUUUGAAAAAUACCUGAAGGAUGAAAGUGGCUUGAAAGACCCCUCCAGUGACUGGGAAAUGUCACAGUCCUCGAUAAAGAGUUCUAUUUGUCUUCUACGAGGGAAAAUCUACGAUGCUCUAGAUAACCGAACUCUAGCUACCUACAGUUACAAAGAAGCUUUGAAGCUUGAUGUGUACUGUUUUGAAGCCUUUGAUCUUUUAACAUCACACCACAUGCUGACAGCACAAGAAGAAAAAGAACUACUUGAGUCACUACCUCUUAGCAAGCUCUGUACAGAAGAACAGGAAUUGCUGCGUUUUCUGUUUGAAAACAAAUUAAAAAAGUAUAAUAAGCCCAGUGAAACUGUCAUCCCUGAGUCGGUUAAUGGAUUACAAGAGAAUCUAGAUGUGGUAGUGUCUUUAGCUGAGAGACAUUAUUAUAACUGUGAUUUUAAGAUGUGCUACAAACUUACUUCUGCAGUAAUGGAAAAAGAUCCUUUCCAUGCAAACUGUUUACCUGUACAUAUAGGAACUCUUGUGGAGCUGAAUAAAGCAAACGAACUUUUCUACCUUUCUCACAAACUGGUGGAUUUAUAUCCUAGUAAUCCUGUUUCUUGGUUUGCAGUGGGAUGUUAUUAUCUCAUGGUGGGUCAUAAAAAUGAACAUGCCAGAAGAUACCUCAGUAAAGCCACAACUCUGGAGAAGACGUAUGGGCCUGCAUGGAUAGCCUAUGGGCAUUCGUUUGCAGUGGAAAGUGAGCAUGACCAAGCAAUGGCUGCUUACUUUACAGCAGCACAGCUGAUGAAAGGGUGUCAUUUGCCAAUGCUGUAUAUUGGACUUGAAUAUGGACUGACCAACAACUCCAAACUGGCUGAAAGAUUCUUUGGCCAGGCUCUCAGCAUUGCACCAGAAGAUCCUUUUGUCAUCCACGAGGUUGGGGUAGUUGCAUUUCAGAAUGGAGAAUGGAAAACAGCAGAAAAAUGGUUUCUGGAUGCUUUGGAAAAAAUUAAAGCAAUUGGGAAUGAGGUGACAGUUGACAAAUGGGAACCUUUGUUGAACAACUUGGGGCAUGUCUGCAGGAAACUUAAAAAAUACGCAGAGGCAUUGGAUUACCAUCGGCAGGCAUUGGUGCUAAUUCCCCAGAAUGCAUCUACCUACUCUGCCAUAGGCUAUAUCCAUAGUCUGAUGGGCAACUUUGAAAAUGCUGUGGACUAUUUCCACACAGCCCUUGGUCUUAGGCGAGAUGACACGUUUUCUGUUACAAUGCUUGGUCAUUGCAUCGAAAUGUACAUUGGUGAUUCUGAAGCUUACAUCGGAGCAGACAUUAAAGACAAAUUAAAAUGUUAUGACUUUGAUGUGCAUACAAUGAAGACACUAAAAAACAUUAUUUCACCUCCGUGGGAUUUCAGGGAAUUUGAAGUAGAAAAACAGACUGCAGAGGAAUCGGGGCUUGCACCACUGGAAAACUCCAGGAAAACUCCAGAUUCCAGACCCUCCUUGGAAGAAACCUUUGAAAUUGAAAUGAAUGAGAGUGACAUGAUGUUAGAGACAUCCAUGUCAGACCACAGCACAUGACUGCAAACAGUGGUCCCUGGUGUAGGUCAGUAUUCCCUUGUGUCCUUGCCAUGUCUUAAGAACUUUCCACUUGCUAACAUGAACCCAAACUACAUCUCUAUAUUUAGGAUCAGAGGCCUGCCUUAAGAGACUGGAUAGCACACCUUUGCAACAGAUCUUUUUUGAUUCUCUGAACCUAUAAAAUAGUUACAUGUAGUGGAAUAAAGAAGAUAAACAUCCAUUAUGUCUCUUAUUGGAUAAACUUCUGUUUUGGUCUAACUUUCUCUUUAUGGAAAAGUUGGCAUCAUGGUAGAGAGCUUCUGUUGGUCCCUUCCCCUUGUCCCAUGUCAACAUCCUAAUAACAUUUGUUGUGGCUCAGAUAUCAGUGGUGUGGCCCUGUUAACAGCUCCCCAGAUACAUGCUGCUUUCACUUAUUGUGUCCCCUUUGCACUCUGGUCUGGGGUUGACUCAGUUUGGAGGAGCGCUCCUCAGGUGGUUUUUGGGACCUCCCUUGAUUUGAGAUUGUUGGCUGUACUUCUUGUGAUUGGAUGAGGAUUAUGAAUUGGGUAAAACUCAAUACAGAUGAAGUCUAUUCCUCUUCACAUUUGACACAAACCUUGGUCACAGUGGUGUCUGCCAUGUUCUGACCUGUUAAUUUCCUUUUUCCUUUAUGUGCUUUGUGGGGCAGAAGGGCUGAGCUUCAUUUCUUGUAGGGGCAAUAUCCAUCCAUACACAUUUCUUCUUGAAGAUCUGCCUCUUCUUUCCUAUUUAUUUACUAAUUCAACCAUUUAUAUUGACUCAUGGGUACUUAUUUCAUAUUUAGAAUUAUAAACCUACACAGUAUCACUUAUUUUGUGGCUUAAAUUGUUUUAGCUUUAGCCAUUGGGUGCUCUUUCAGCUUGAUUUCUGUGACAUGCUCCCAUCCAUUUGUUUUCUGGGUUUUUUUUUUUUUUCUAGUAUUAGAUAUAACAUAAACUAUGUACUGUACUUAAUAAUAGUGUGUCAAUAUUGGUUUAUAAUUGUAACAUUACACCAGUACAAGAUGUUAACAAUAGUGAACGCUGUAUAGGCAGAGGGAGAGAGAAGCAGUAUAUGGUCAGUGCUUUUUGUUUAGUUUUUCUGUAUACCUGAAACUGCUCUAAUAAAUAAAGUCUCUUAUUGGAAACAUAC